AUGUGUGAACAAUUGUGCAAACAACUUGGUAUUCAACAUCAAUGUUUAUCAAUAUGUCAAGAUCAUGAGUUUGGAGUGGAAAUUGGUAAACCAUGUAGAACAGUACCUAUUGAUGGUGAUGGCAAUUGCUUCUUUAGAAGUCUCUCGUAUGUAAUCUCUGGCAGAGAAAACAAUCACAGAAAAAUCCGACUGGCUGUUGUGGCACACCUAAGAGAACAUGCUGAAAGCUUCCACCCGUUCUUAAGAUCAGGUUAUGACUCUGUUGAACAAUACAUCUCUCAAUCAAGAAUGUGGUAUGUUAGAACAUGGGCAACAGAACUAGAAAUUCUUGCAGCUGCAAAUCUAUUGGGCAUUGACAUUUGCACAUUCACUGAUAACAGAUGGCUGAGAUAUCCAAACACUCAGAUAAACUCGGAUACAGCACACACUGGCAGAUGCAUAUAUCUAAAUCAUGUUGGCGAAUCACAUUACGAUGUAGUUGCUUGUGUCAACACUCUUGGUGCCCUGAGAAACACCUGUACUGACAAAUAUUGUGAGAAACAUUUGAACAGCAGUGUUUGUAGAAGGAGAAAGAGAAAUGCUAACCAUUUAUCUGUAGAUGACAGAGAAUCAGUUUUGAAAAAACAAAAACUUGAUAGCACAUUAAGUACUCAUUCUCAUGAAGUGACGAUUGAUAAAGGAGAGAAAAUAAAUGCAAAAGGAAAGUAUGCACAAACAAAGGCUAAAAAAGAGUACAUGAAAGCCAAAAGAAAAUCAGAGAAAGAUGAGUCUGAAACUUUCAAUUUGAAUGUGAAAGAGAGAAAACUUAUUAAAGAGAAAGAAAAGUACAACACUGUACCUGAAAUCAGAAACCGAAAGAAAGAGGCCAGUUCAAUGAAAUACAAACACAAUGAAGCACACAGGGAAUUUAUCAAAAGCUACAGCAAACAACAGUACGCUGAUGAUGCAAAACAUAAAGAAACACUUAAAAUGUACAGCACUGAGAAAUAUGCCACAGAUUCUGAACACAGGGAAGCACUUAAACUUCAUAGCAGUCAGAAAUAUGCCACAGAUUCUGAACACAGGGAAGCACUUAAACUUCAUAGCAGUCAGAAAUAUGCCACAGAUUCUGAACACAGGGAAGCACUUAAACUUCAUAGCAGUCAGAAAUAUGCCACAGAUUCUGAACACAGGGAAGCACUUAAAACCCAUAGCAGUCAGAAAUAUGCCACAGAUUCUGAACACAGGGAAGCACUUAAAACUCAUAGCAGUCAGAAAUAUGCCACAGAUUCUGAACACAGGGAAGCACUUAAAACUUAUAGCAGUCAGAAAUAUGCCACAGAUUCUGAUCACAGGGAAUCAGUCAAAACUUAUAGCAGUCAGAAAUAUGCCACAGAUUCUGAACACAGGGAAUCAGUCAAAACUUAUAGCAGUCAGAAAUAUGCCACAGAUUCUGAACACAGGGAAUCAGUCAAAACUUAUAGCAGUCAGAAAUAUGCCACAGAUUCUGAACACAGGGAAGCAGUUAAAACAUACAGCAGUCAGCAAUAUUCUAAAGAUCCUAAGCAUAAGGAAACUUUGAAAUCAUACAGUACUCAGAAAUAUGCAAAAGAUGCAGUCCACAGGGAAUCUGUUAAAACAGCCAGCAUUGCAAAGUACAAAACUAGUAGUGAACAUAGAGAAAAUUUGAAAGAGAGACAAUCUGCCAGGGUUAUGCAAAUAACUAAACAAAGAAAAAUAAUGACGAAUGUUACAAAAUCCUUUGUCAAGAACAUUUCUGAAGGUCCAGAAUUUGUGUGCUCAGUAUGUCAUCGAAGACUUUUCAAAAAACAGGUUAUUCAAUGCAAACGAACUGUGUAUGAAAGCAAAGGAAACAAUGUAGCAGCUGUAUCUGAGAAAUGCAUCACUGACACUUACCUACACAAAUGCACCAACAGUUGUGAUGACCAAUGUUCGUUUGUCAAUUGUCCAGAAGGCACAUUGUGGAUUUGCUACACUUGUCAUAGAAAACUUUUGUCUGGUAAAAUGCCUGCAGAAGCUGUUGUUAACAACCUAGAACUGAGCCCUGUUCCUAUGCCGCUGCAAUGUCUAAAUGAACUAGAGCAGCACUUGAUUGCCUUGAAUAUUCCUUUCAUGAAAAUGAUGGCAUUGCCAAAAGGUGGACAACAUGGCGUACACGGACCUGUAGUAUGUGUUCCAUCUAACAUUCAGAAAAGCACCAGUAUCUUACCAAGAUGUGAUGUAGAUGAUCAGAUGAUCAGAGUGAAACUAAAGAGAAAGAUAACUUACAAAGGCCAUUAUCAAUAUCAGUUUGUCAACAAGGCUCAUGUUAACAAUGCUUUAGAAUAUCUUCGAACAAACAACACCUGGUACAGAGAUGUGAAUAUUAAUGAAGAAUGGGUCAAUCCCCUACCAGUCAUUCCUGAGGAAAAUGAAAUUAAUGAUUCUGAUACUGACACUGACACAUUACCUGAUCUUGAUAAGGAUAGAUCAAGAUUGCAAAUUACUGACAAUAUUGAGUCUGAGAAAGAGCAUGGAUUACUUUUGAAUACCUGUCUACAACCUCUUGAUAUUGGCCAAGAAGUUCUUGAUCAACAUUUUGAAAAGAUAACCUGUGUUGCACCUGCAGAGGAAAAUAAUCCUGUCCGAGUAUUGACAGACAAGAGCAAUGAAGCGAGAUCAUUUCCAGUAUUGUUCCCUUCAGGGUCAUCUACCUUCCAUGAUGAUCGUGAAGAGAGAAUAACACUUGCACGCUACCUGCACACACGCCUAAUGAAUGCUGAUUGUCGAUUUGCGCAAAACACUGACUACAUAUUUUAUGCUCAGUAUCUUUCUGAAGUUGAACAAGUUAUGUCAAAUGUUUCCAUUGCAAUGCGCAAGGGAUCACAGUGUCAUGGUAGAAAGGUUACCACUGAAAAUCUUACAGAUGCUGAUUCCCUAAGGGGCAUAUUAAAAUCUGAUGAAGGAUACAGGUUCUUGAAACCCAUAAGAGGAACUCCACCUUUUUGGCAAUCUGCCCAAAAAGAUUUAUUUGCAAUGUUGAGACAACUAGGUGUACCAACUUGGUUCUGUUCAUUCUCAUCAGCUGAUAUGAGGUGGCCAGAAAUGAUCGAAACAAUACUUCGAGAAAAAGGGGAUAAACGUAAAGCAAGUGAACUUGACUGGUCAGAAAAAUGUUUUGUACUGAGAAAGAAUCCUGUGACUGCAGCUCGUAUGUUUGACCAAAGAUUUCAUUGCUUCUUGAAAGAGGUUAUCAUGUCUCCUGCAGAACCAAUUGGAAAGAUAAAAGAUUACUUCUAUCGUGUAGAAUUUCAGCACCGUGGUUCCCCACACACUCAUUGCCUUUUCUGGGUUGACAAUGCGCCAAAGAUUGAUAAAGACAAUGAUGAAGCAGUAAAAUCCUUCAUUGACAACUAUGUUACAUGUGAAAUGCCUUCAGUUGAGAAUGAUGAAGAAUUGUACAAUAUUGUCAACAGUGUGCAGAAACAUAGCAAAAGACAUUCAAAGACAUGUAACAAAAAUGGCACAACAUGCAGGUUCAAUUUUCCUCGUCCACCAAGCAGUGAAACUUUCAUUUCACGACCAGGCGAUCAAGAUACCAAUGAAAAAAAUAAAAAUGAGCCAAAAACCUUGGAACAAACACGUGAAUCUGUUAAACUGAUGACAAACAUAGAUGCAAAAGCAAUUUUGAAACUAAUUUGGCGAGCACUAACAAAUGAUGAGCAAACAUUUGAGUCAGUCGAAGCAUUAUUCACUACUAUCGGGAUUUCGCAAGAUAUGUUUGAAUUGGCAUGUGCAACCCUAGCCACAAAAACAAACGUUGUGUUGAAACGCAAGCCUAAUGAUGUAUGGAUAAAUCAGUACAAUGCAAAUCUCCUCAGAUGCUGGAACGCAAACAUGGACAUUCAGUAUGUAGUUGAUGCCUACUCUUGUGUUGUGUACAUCAUUUCAUACAUUUCUAAAGCAGAAAGAGAAAUGGGAUUACUGUUGAAUCAUGCCCAAAAAGAAGCAAAUAAAGAUAAUACUGAUGCAAAAUCUGCGCUGAAGAAAAUUGGUGCUGUAUACUUACACAAUCGAGAAGUGAGUGCUCAGGAAGCUGUGUUUCGAGUUUGCAAUUUGAGAUUGAAGGAAGGAUCACGUAAAGUACAGUUCAUACCAACCGUAGACCCUGUCAAAAUGAGUUUGCCACUUAAAACUUUGAAAAACAAACAACAAAAUGGUGAACUAGAUGAAGAUGAAAUGUGGAUGACAAGCAUUGUUGAUCGAUACAAGAGCAGACCCAAAGGUGACGAGUUCAAUAACAUGUGUCUUGCUACUUUUUGCUCAGAAUACAGAGUGGUGUCAAAAUCUGAAGUUACAAGGGUGUCUGAUGCAAAACGGCAUAGUCCACUAGUAACAUUGCAAAAUGGCCUUGGUCAUGUGAAAAAACGUACUCGAACUGAUGCAGCAGUUAUCAGAUAUGCCAGAUUUUCUCGUACAAAGGAUCCAGAGAAAUACUAUCACAGUAUGCUGCAGCUAUUCUUGCCAUAUACAUUUGAUACUCAGUUAAAACCAGAUGCUUUCAAUUCAUAUGAAGAUUUCUAUCGAACUGGUGCUGUCCAGAUUGCAAACUGUCCUGUGGAAACUGUGAAAGAGAUUGUUGACAGAAACAAAGGCAUGUUUGAGAAAGAUGCUGAAGUUAUUGAUGACGCAGAGGAAUUGUUUGAACAAUUUGGUCAAUUGGAAGAUGCUUGGGCUCAAAUUUGUCCAGAGACUGAAUCUGAAAGACUAGAAUGUGAAGAUGCACAUACUCGUAUAUCCGAUGAGGAAACAGAAACUGAAUCUGUUAGAAACAUGCCUGACUUGCUCCAGCCUAAUAACACACUAUCUAAAACAGAGCUACUUCAGAGUACAGUGUCGAGGCAGGAAGCGAACACUAUUUUGAGAUCAAUGAAUAAAGAACAAGCUGAUAUUUUCUACAAAAUAAGACAAUGGUGUUUGGAUAAAAAGAAUGGCAAAAAUCCUGAUGCAUUUAAGCUAUUUCUGACUGGUGGAGCUGGUACUGGAAAAAGCCGUUUGAUCAAGGCCAUUUGCUAUGAAUCUACACGACUUCUAGCCCCUAUCCAAAACAAUCCAGAUGACAUCUCUGUACUUUUGGUAGCUCCAACUGGUGUUGCAGCAUUUAACAUUAAUGCAUCCACAAUACACAGUGCACUCUCAAUUGGAAUUGAUGCAAAACUGCCAUACCAGCCACUUGGUGAGGAAAAGGUCAAUAGCCUUCGAUCAAAGUUGCAAAGUAUUCACAUACUUAUCAUCGAUGAAAUAUCAAUGGUUGAUCACAAGCUGUUAUCAUACAUUCAUGGUAGACUGAGACAGAUCAAACAAACUGCUGAUUAUUCACCAUUUGGAAAUGUAUCUGUAAUUGCUGUUGGCGACUUUUAUCAGUUACCACCUGUUAAGGGUACACCUUUAUAUGUUGGCACAAAUGGAUUUGACCUCUGGAAUGACAAUUUCUCUAUCGCAGAAUUGACCAUGAUCAUGAGACAAAAAGACCCUGCAUUUGCACAACUUCUGAAUAGGUUACGAACACGAAAAAGAUCAGAGCCUCUUGAAACAAGUGAUGUCAAUAUGCUAAUGCAACAAGAAACUGGUAUAGAGGAUGCUGAUUCCAUUCACAUUUUUGCAACAAACGCUCAGGUUGAUGAAUUCAAUGUCACUGCCCUUCAUUCUAAAUGUACAGAUCCAAUUUCCAUUCAAGCACAAGAUUUCUCAAGAAAUCUGAAAACAGGGAAACUUGAAAAGAGAGAAAACCCUCAUGUGAAAGUUUAUAACUCAGUCUUACAAAAAAGUCUAUUUGUAGCAAUUGGUGCUCGUGUGAUGAUCACAAAAAAUAUUGAUACAUCAGAUGGUCUUGUGAAUGGAGUAUUUGGAACUAUUAGCCACAUAUCUUUGACUGAUGGUGAAGCAUUUCCUUCGAGCAUAUAUGUUGUGUUUGACAAUGAUAAAGUUGGUCACAAACUACGAAACCUGAAAGGGACUGCAUCUGCAUUACAAACAACCAGUACUCCCAUCUCACCACUUGAAGAAACUGUUUCAAACAAUGGAGGCAUUAGACGACAAUUUCCACUCAAACUAGCCUGGGCUUGCACCAUACACAAAGUACAAGGGAUAACAGUGAACAAAGCUGUCGUUUCAUUGGGCAAGAUCUUUGCAGCAGGACAAGCUUACGUGGCAUUAAGUCGAGUAUCCUCUCUUGGAGGUCUGAUCAUUGAGAAUUUUAAAGAGUCGGUCAUAUACAGCAGUGAAAAAGUCGAGGCAGCAGUGUCUUGUAUGCCAAAGUUCAUGAAUGCAAAUCAGAGACUAAAUGAUGGUCAUGCUACAUGUACAUUCAUUUUGCAAAACAUUGAGGGCCUUCAAUCACAUAUUCAAGAUUUGCAGAAUGACAGGAGGUUUUUUGAGGCCGAUUUCAUUUGCUUGACAGAAACAUGGUUAUCUGAUACACAUCUGCCUGAUGAACCAAAACUUGAUAGAUUUACAUUGCAUCAUAAAACCAGAUCACAGUCCUAUGAAUCGUCUGAACAAAUGCUGAUGGAAUUAAAGAAUCAAACUCAUGGUGGCGUUGGAGUUUAUUGUAGUGAAAACAAAACCUGUGAAUUUCCUCAGUUUCCAGUAACAAAUCUAGAGUAUCUGGCAUUUUAUGUCAUGGAACUGCAAGCUCAUGUUGUUAUCAUCUACAGGCCAAACUCAUACAAAGUUGAUAUUUUCAGAAAGCAUUUAUUGCAACUUGUUCAGGAACUUGACAAACAUUCUGCUCGAUCGAUUAUCAUGGGUGAUUUCAAUGAGAAUGUCUUUUCAUCAUCUUCCAUACAAACUUUGAUGGAAUCGAAUGGUUUUACACAAAUAGUUUCAGAAUCUACCACUGAAAGUGGAACGCUUAUUGACCACGUAUAUGUCCGAGGACUUGAGAAUGUAUUGGUGCAUAUUCUUCCAACUUAUUAUGGUUACCAUGAAGCUAUUGAAAUCAAACUUUGAAUUAAACUGUACAAAUGAUGAAAGCAAUUUGUCAUGUGAUAAUGAUAAUCAAAGCCAGGGGGGUAUGGGGUAGGGGUAUGGUAUUGAGCUGGAAGGGCCCCCCUGUAGAUACUGGUACGCCAGAAAAUGUCUAUCAGGUGCAAAUGUCAUUGUAAAUAUGUACAAAUCAACUGAUUUAUGAAUAAUCCGAUGUCAAUUAGGUGAGCUUGUUAUGCUUAUUGAUGUAUUGUUUUCCCGUUUCAUGAAAGAUUAUGACAUUUGACAAUUAAAAUUAUCCCCCUCAUCAACGACGUUGCCGGGGGAUAUUGAAAUGGGUUCCGUCCGUCCGUGUGUGCGUUCCGAAAUCGUUUCCGGAAUAUAACUCAGAAACCGUUUAAUAUUUCUCUUCGUUCUGAACUGGUGUAUUUUGAUAUUUAGGGAUUUUAGAAAUGUUUAUUUUUUACGUUUCCAUGGCAACAAGUUGGACUUCGGUUCUAUGGAGUAGAGUUCGUUUCCAGAGCAUAACUCAAAACCCAUUCAAUAGUUUCUCACAAAACUUUGCCAGACACAUACUGAACUGGUGCCUUUUGAUAUUUGGCACUUUAAGAAAUGUUUAUUUUUUACGUUUCCAUAGCAACAAGUUUGACUUUAAAAAGAAUAUGGGUAGAGUUCGAUUCUGGAUUAAAUUUUCCCCAUCUAUCAGACACAUGCUGAAUUGUUGCCUUUUGCUAUUUAUGAAUUUUAGAAAUUUAUAUUACUGGGCAUUAUUUCCAGAGCUUGACUCAUACACCAUUUAAUAUUUUCCAAUGAAACUGUGUUAAAAUUGGCGGGAGAUAUAGAUGACUUCGUCAGCUAUACGCUUGUUAUAAUUUUGGAAUGCUCCUCUAAACCAUGUGUUCUUGCUGUGUGAUGUUCGAAAGAAAUUAGGGAAUAUUUAUCAUGCUAAUAUUUAAAAAAAAGUUUAGUAGAAGUCUUUGAUCUCGGCAACAAUGUCCUGUUUUAUUAUUGUAUGAACAGUUGAUUAUGAAGAAAACAUCACUGAUUUCUCCGCAUUGUUACCGGGUCGAUCUGAAUUGGAACUGAUUGGUUCUGCUUCAACAUGUUCAAUGAACGGUAAACAAAAUAUGUUGUGAUGACAAGUUUCUGGACUGAAAACUGAAUGGGUUACCUUGUAUUUGAAAACAUCUCUCAAAUACAGUAUAUGACAGUUGAAGAGACAUCAUUUUACGAGUAAUUGAAGAAGAUGCAUAACGUCAUAUCCAGACUCAAUGAGAGAAUCACCUAAGAACUACCAGUACCUUAUCAUCUAUUACCAUGUUUAUCUUCUAUCAACGAAAACCGUUAUCUUUCUGAUGCAACCAGUGGACAUCAGAUGGUACAUAUGGAAACUGAACAAGAACUGUUGACGUGUGUGAGAGUAACAGAAUGUCGUGACCUUUACCUUCACUGACGACAGGUGCCAGAUGUAUGACAACACUUGUUUUGUGUGCUCACCCAACCUUAAAAGGGAUUCCUGACUCUGAACAAUUGAAUUUGUCUCCAAUUUGAUUGGACCAAUGUUUGAAAUUGUACUCCAAAGUCAUCAUGUCACAUCAUAAAGUGUUGUCAGUAACUAGUCCAGCACUUGUAUAACACUUGUGAUUUCAGGGACAUCCUUCCAAUUCCAUCACAGUUCAUCAUUAUAGAAGUCAUUUCAAGCUCCAGUUCUUCAUUCAUGUUAUCAUAGCUGACCCAUGAUCAAUUCUUUAAUUAGAAAUCGACCCCUUUCACAAUUUUAUGUAAUAGCAAUGUUUUCGUAGUUUCAAUAUUCCCUAAUUUCUUCCCAAGAAGGUAUAUAGCGCAUAGCAAUACGAUUUAGUAUUUUAUCAUCUUAUUUUGCAAGAGCAAUUAUUGUGCAGUUACUCUGACCUUAAACCUUCAUCAAACCAUAAUUUUCUGUAAUUAAGAGUAGGAUGUACAUCAAAACAUGCUACUUACAUCAACUGAUCUAUCUUGUGGAACAUGUUAUUAUAAUAACAUCUGUCCUCCUUGGACAAAGGCGUAAAGACUAUAAGGGUUAUGAUAAAUGUGUGUGUUUCCUAUUUCAGCCCACCCGCUAAGAUUAUAUCAAUUUUUAUAAAUGACUAUUUUUAUGUGAAGCACAACAAAGUUGCAAAUUAUAACAAUGUGUUCAAUAACAAUGUUCCGUUUUUAGUUAUGUAUUAUGUCACUUGAAAUAUAAACAAACAUUAAUGAUUCAUUGUGAUGUUAUUUCUUUGAACAAUUAAUCAGAAGUAAAAUCCUAUUUGUUAUCCAUCAAACGACAUCUUUAUUAUUCGUUCAUUAUGCAGAUAAUAGUUUGGUGUGGGAUGCAUUGAAACCAGAAAUAGAAAAUCAAAAUGCAUUUCAAGAAAUAAGUUCAGCGGAAAACAUUACAAUCACGUAACAUUGAUAAUGUUUAAUCAAAAGUCCCUCUCAUACAAGAUCACCUAUAACGUUAAAUAAUAAAAGGUGACCGACAUCUGAUGAUUCUAAAAAAAUGCCGCAGAAACACACCCUAGAAUACAUUUGCUGAAACACAGCAGACAUGACACUGGAACAUAUACCUUUUUAGUGGUUUGUUUGUAAGUUUGUGUAACGCCGUUAUCAGCAAUUUUCCAGCUAUAAGACAGUGGUCUGUAAUCAAUCGAGUGUGUGCCAGACAAUCCAGUGAUUGACAACAUGGGCUUCGAUCCACGCAAUUGGGAUCCCGGAUCUUCACGAGUCUGCGCAAUUGGAAUGAGAUGACAUGCAUCAAUCAAGUCAGCAGUCUCCGAUCCGGUUAGUUGCCUCUUACGACAAGCAUAGUCACCCUUACCGCCUGCAACCAUGGGUUACUGGAGAUCUAUUCUUAGCCGGAUCUUCACAGGACCCUUUUGAGUAGUCCCCUCCUUAUCAGGAUAUCGCUCCCUUCUAUCUGCACCACUUAUCAAAGCCUGUGCUCAUAUAGUUUGAGACAAGUAGUGAGGGGUAAAUACAUCACGAAAACCACCAAUCUAAUUUGGCUGCCAAACAAUGCCAUUUGUCAUCAUGAAACCUCGAGGCGAUGUUGAUGGACUCUCUUGCCAAAUGUUUUAUGUCAAUAAACAAGUAGUUUCGGAGAUGAUUGCUGCUAAACAAAGCAACGUUCUCACGAACGCACACACAGACACAUGUACAUAAACAUACGUACAAACGUACGCACGCCCAAACCACACAAAUAACACACGUACAAACACUCCCAAAAACGCGCACAAACGCAAACGCACGCUCGAACUAACAUACUCACGCACACGAAAAACGAACAAAUGCACACACCAACUAACGUGCGCAAACCGCCCGAAAUCACAGGAAAUGGCCCCGAAACACACGGGUAACAAAGUUUGAUGUGCUAGAUAUGGAGAACAUUCUCAGAAAGUUUCAAAGCAUUCCAUUCAGUGGAUUCAUAGGAGUACCUUGAAUCCAAUAUGGCUGCCAAACCACGUGACCAAUGACCAAGAUCAAAGAACAUGAAAUGUCAAGCACCCAAAGCAGCAGAGACGUCUAAUGUUUGAAAGUAAUCGGACAAGCGGUUGCAAAGCAAUAGGGCCAAAUAUAGCUUUAAAAAAUUGCAAGUUUUUCAGUUAUCUGCCCUUGGCCAUUGGGCCUAUGGCCUUGGAAUUUGUGUGGUAUCUGGUACGUAAGUAUCUUGAUACACAUACACAUUAUGAGCGGAAUCGAGGCAGUGGUUAUUAUGCUAGCUCUGGUGCAAAAAUCGGCGGAAUAAUAAUAAUAUUAAAUCAAACGAUAGCACUUGGACUCUUCAGAUUUUCGGCUUGGUGACUCUCAAACAAACUGUAACUUCUUUGUCAGUUGGGCUCCAGUCAAAUGGAUGAGAGUUCUGAGUUCGUCAGGGCCCCGGGUGAGAUAAAGUGCUAAACCUGUUUCCGACCUCGUCCAUAUUCAAAUCCCCAAUGGGUUUACCUGUACCAACGCCGUCCAAUGUAAGGAACCGCUUGUGAGGCAUCACAACUACGAAAUUGACAUGUGCCCGAGUGUCCCAUGGUGUUUUAACCAAUUUCCGACUUCCCAUGUUUGACCUCGGUCAUGUUCGA